AUGGGACAAUUCCGUCUUAUCAGCUUGUGUAACAAUUCGAUUAAGAUCAUUUCUAAGCUCUUUGCAAAUAGACUGAAGGGUUUGCUUCAUCUUUUGAUUUUGGAGCAUCAAAAUGCUUUUUUGGCAGGAAGACAAAUCCAAGAUAAUCUGAUCUUAGCUCACGAAGCCUAUCAUUAUUUGAAGUUGAAGAAGUCUAAGAAGGAAUUUGAGCUUGCUGUGAAGUUAGAUAUGAACAAGGCUUACGAUAGGGUCGAGUGGGAUUUCUUGGAGGCCACACUUCUUAAGUUUGGUUUUGAUAGGGCUUGGAUAAGACUUGUUAUGAAGCUGGCAACUCCUUCCAUCCUUCUCGAGGCUUAA